GUCACUAGCGUGCGACUCCAGGAUAAAAAACUGGUCUGGGCUGCAAAAAUAUGGCAACUGCUGAAGUGGCUGUGGUGUCGCCUUCGUCUUUGAAUACAGACACAACCCCAGUCCCUGAAAGUGCAGGAACAGCUGCAGCAACGGCCGCCACCUCCUCGGCGACAACUGCAGCCGCGGCGGUUGCGGCCGUGGCCAGGACCGGAUCCGAAGCCACAGUUUCCAAACCCACGUUGGCUACUAAGCUGCUGUCCUUGAGCGGCGUGUUCGCCGUGCACAAGCCCAAAGGGCCCACUUCAGCCGAGCUGCUGAAUCGGCUGAAGGAGAAGCUGCUGGCAGAAGCUGGAAUGCCUUCUCCAGAAUGGACCAAGAGGAAAAAGCAGACUUUAAAAAUUGGGCAUGGAGGGACUCUAGACAGUGCAGCCGGAGGAGUCCUGGUGGUUGGAAUUGGAAGAGGAACAAAAAUGUUGACCAGUUUGUUAACAGGGUCCAAGAGGUACAUUGCCAUCGGCGAACUGGGGAAAGCUACUGACACGCUGGAUUCUACAGGGAAAGUAACAGAAGAAAAACCUUAUGAUAAAAUAACCCAAGAAGAUAUCGAAGGCAUUCUACAGAAAUUUACUGGGAAUAUAAUGCAAGUACCUCCCCUCUAUUGUGCAUUAAAGAAAGAUGGACAGAGACUUUCAUCUCUGAUGAAGAGAGGUAAAGUAGUAGAAGCCAAACCUGCCAGGCCAGUUACGGUAUACAGUAUCUCCCUUCAGAAUUUCCAGCCACCACUUUUCACAUUAGAUGUUGAAUGUGGAGGAGGUUUUUAUAUCAGAAGCUUGGUCAGUGACAUUGGCAAAGAACUCUCUUCCUGUGCCAGUGUGCUAGAGCUGACCCGGACCAAACAGGGACCGUUUACACUAGAAGAGCAUGCCCUUCCCGAGGACAAAUGGACGAUUGAUGACAUCGCACAAUCCCUUGAUCAGUGCGCCUCUCUUCUCCCAGAAGAGCUGGCACUUAAAAAAUCAAAACCCGAGGAGUCUAAUGAACAAGUGUUGAGCUGUGAGUAUAUAACUCUAAAUGAGACAGAGGAAAACGAUGAUGUAAUUAAGACAUUUUAAGACUGGCUUGGGAUUGUCAUCAUUUCCUGGUUGACAUUUGAAUCCUGUGUGCAGAAUGAUAAGCUAUGUGCAAAAGCCAAACUUCCUUUUUUUUUUUUGCAUGAAGAAAAUGUCCAUGAUUUGUAGUUUUUAUGGCAUACAAUUUAUCUUCUGUACAUUGUAAGUAGCCUUACAGUCGUUCAUUUCUUGUUGUACGAUGGACAGUUUUUUUAUGGUGUUAUUAUGUUGGUAGAUUGGAUUUAGGAAAAUCAACUUGCUGAUUUUGAUAUCUAUUCAAAACUUUUUCAUAUGAAAAAGGUGACCACAUUUUUUAAUCAGAGGAGAAAAAUGAGCUACAUGUUUCUUGGGUGUCACAAAAGUGAAUGUAAAUUAGAGUUUCUUUGGCUUGCAGGUGGCUCUGGUUAUUGAAAUUUCUUCACUUAUGUUUGAAAAAGCUAUUAUUUAAACUCGUGUUUUGGAGAGCUUAUGAUUCUUAAGAACAGUUUUUAAUAAGGCUGUACUUAUCUUGAUAAUAGCUGUGUUUAUUUAGAUCUUGGAAACUAAUAAUCUUUUUUAAUAAAUAUUUGUAAAUGAACAAAAUUAUUGCUGCUACCGCUGACAGGAUGUAAACAGAAGACUAAAGUUUAAUUAAAUUCACCUGUACCAUUAGCACAGGCUAGGUCCUAUGGCUUCAUGUGUUGGCAGCUAUGAGAUAUUUUUCUGGUACUUUAAUCAAUACAAUCAACCACCCUUGUACCAAUUUACUAAAUCUCAUUUUAAACAAUUAAGCUAAAGACUGUAUCUUCAAUCAAAAUUUUCUUUUCUCCGUUCUUUAGUAUUUAUUUAUACCUCUUUAUAGGGUAUUAAUCCCUAUGACAUUGUUUUUUCAAUUUGCAUUUUCAAGUGAUGUUUACAGAUGUUGAGAUUGCUGCCCUCCAUUUCCAGUUAAUCUCUUCUGCUAUAAAUGUCUAAAAACAGUUUUCAUUCAGGUAGCCUACUGAAAGUUCCCUAUCUCUUUACAUAGUUUUUAAACUAGUCACAUUACAAAAUAGUAAAUUUCAUAUAUAAUAAGUGCUUCAUAUUUUUGUUAUGGGAAAGCAAUAUGUUAUGCAGCCAGUUUGUAGAAAUGUUUAAAUUCCACUUCAUUGUUCAAAUAAAUACAGUUUCAAAGAGGAAGAAUCAUUAAAAUUUUCAUCAAAUUAAGAGUUUUUAGAUUUUUAUGGGUUUUCUUUUAGAGGUGGUUGCUUACAACCUCUAACUUGUAAAUUUUAAAUAUGAAAAUUAAAGUAAUCUUAUUUGUGGUUAACUUAACAUAAAUUCAAUAUAAAAAGUUAUAGAGGUCCCUGGUGGCUCAGCAUGUUCAGAAUCUAGUGUUGUCCCUGCUGGGGCUCUGGUUACUGCUAUGGUAUGGGUUCUGUCCCUAGCCCAGGAACUUCUGUGGGCCUGGCCAAAACCAAAUUUUUUUCAUUAAAAAAUGCUUUAGUAGACCAUUUUCAGCAUUUUGGCAUCAUAUUCUAAGUGGAAAUAUUAAAAGUAUUCUUAAUAUAAUACAGAAAGUUAGAAGGACAAAGUUGUAAGUAUCAUGAUAUGUUAAGUAAAACACCAAAAACACAAAGUUGUAAAUUGAAACUUUCACAGUUUUACUUAUUUUUAUAAGGUGCUCUGCAGUUUGUGUCAACCAGAGGUGGCGGUGACUCCCUCUUUCUGUUGACAUGGCACGGGUUACAGGAUGUCUUCAUAUGCCACCAGCCAGGGUCCAAGUAGAGGGAUAUAAAACAGCCGGAGCAUUUCUGCUCUGUUUCACAACUUAAAAACUAAUGUGGGUUCUCGCUAUGAUACAGUAGGUUAAGGAUCUGGCAUCCCUGCCGUGGCUCAGGUUCAAUCCCUGGUGCG